AUGGGUCUGAAAGGCAAGUUGAUUGUUUCAACAGAGGUGAAGUGUGGAGGACAUUUGAUUCAUAAUAUUUUCCACACCAAUACUCAUCAUAUAGCCAACAUAAGCCCUAGUAAGAUCAACCGUUUUGAAAUUCAUGAAGGUGAAAUUAUAAAAGUUGGUUCAAUUGUUAGCUGGAGAUAUAACGAGGAUGGAGAAGAAAAGUUUGCUAAGCAAGUGAUAGAAGCCAUCGACCCUCAUACGAAAUUGAUUAUUUGGAAAGUGAUUGAAGGAAAUGUGUUAGAGUUAUAUAAUUCCUUCAUUGUUAUCACAUCGAGUGAACAACAUUGGACUACAUUAGCAUUUGAGUACGAGAAAAAAGUGAAGAUAUCCCAGAGCCUAUCACUCUUUUGGGUUUUUUCUUUGAUGUUAUCAAAGAGAUAG